GCAACAUUUUCAUUCUAUGAAUGGUUUUGGCCAUGGACCUGCAGUGAGCUUUUAUUAUUUCUUCAUACUGUUUUUGGGGGUUUGGUUUGGUUUUUGGAAAUAAGAAGAUUUUAACUAUCAGUCACCAGCUAUGGCAAAAGUUUGGCUGAUUCUUUUUCUCUUUUUUGCGUUGGUUAUCUCAGUCCUGCUACAGAACCCAAUCAAUACAAACGAUCUAGUUGUCUUUACUAACUGCAGAAUUUCAGGUGUGUUCUUGGUAUCGUUAGGAAAAGAUCACAAACUCAAUGCAACCUAUGCUAAGUUUGCAUGUCAGUCCUUAGGAGUUACUUUGGCGACAAAAGAUCACGUCAAGAAGGCUUCCAAACAUGGCUUUGAAACAUGCCGGUAUGGCUGGACUGUUGAAAAUGUGGUUGUAGUCUCUCGAAUAAAACCUCUUCCCCAAUGUGGUAAAAAUAAGACUGGAGUAUUAGAUUGGCAUGUGUCAUUAGCACAACCAUUUGAUGCCUACUGCUUCAAUUCAACAGAUACAAUGACAAACUCUUGUGCACCCAUAAUGCACACCACAGCACCUUCCCCUACGAUAACAACAGAAUUAAGAGAAGAGAAAACAUCACUAACUUUGAAGUCUCCAUUGGCUACCUCUACAAAACUGAUGGUGAACAGAAGUGCUAUUCCUGUAACACAGUCUCCGCAAUCACAGACCACUAAUGCACAGUCUUCAUCAUCACUGACCACUAAUGCACAUCCUUCGUCACCACAAGCAACUAAUGCACAGUCUUGGUCAUCACUGACCACUAGUACAUCUGACCACUUUGAACCAAUGGACCCCAAUGGAAAUGCAGACACAUCUGUACAGAGUACAGUAACUCAGUUUGGAGCUUUAUCGACUGCAUUACUUGUUCUUGCUAUCGUAUUCUUCUUAACAGCUUUGACUGCCGGGGUCUGCUAUUUCAAACAGUAUAAGAAAACACAUCCAAUAGCGCAAAAGGAAAGCAUUGAAACCAAACUCUUGAAACUUAACCUAGUUGAGGAGAAUGAACAAGAACAAGAACAGACAGAACACCAGGAGCAUGCUGAAAAUCUCAAAGACAGCAAUAGUGCCAAAGACAUAACCUUGACAGUUCCUCGUGAAACAAACGCACAGGAUUGAAGGAGAUGUUACACAUCGUCAGAUACAGUUUUUACAUGUUAUCGUGUUUUAUUUUAAUGUAUUUUUUAUACUUCAUUUCUAAGUUUGCAUUUGAAAUGUUAAUAUUUUGUCAACAUUAGAUUUGUGUGUAACUCUCAAUUAUUACUUUCAUGAUAAUCUCACAGCUGUUUAUUCAAUACAUUUAACCUCACAGCUUUACAUUUUCAGUAGCUCAAAUGGAAAAGUACAUGAAAUGUAUCAAGGUUUUGACAAAUGCAGUUUUUGCAUAAAACACAUUUUUUUGUUUACCUUUCAUUUAAUUUUUUUUUUUGUAUAUGAAUACAAUUUUAAUGGAGAAUGGUGGUGAAGUGUUUUUCUUUUGUUUGUUUGUUUUUUAACCAAGUCAGCCAACUGAAAAAAUGCUUAAACGUUGUGGUUGUAAACGGCAGGAAACGAUAGCAGAGGUCAUAACCGUCUAUUGCAGUUAGCAGCAUGUUUUCAAAGAGUGAUAAAACUUGUAUUUAAAGCUCUUCCUAACAGAAAAAGUACAUAAAAACAGGAAGCCUUCACACUCAGGAACUGUUUCAUAAAUUACCCUUUUCCUUAAAAGGGUCAUUUUACAUAUUAAGAGCAUUUUUGUUUUUAUAUACCCUCUCUUUACUCAGUUUUUAAUCAUAACACUGUAUACAGUAUACCAAUGUAUAAAUGGAUUAUAGCAUAUUGUAUAGUUUGUGCUGCCAUGUUCUUAUUUUAAAACCUUACAGCACAAGUAUUUGCUCUGUAUAUAUACUUGUUAUUGUGAAAUAUACUCAAUAAAACAGUUUAUUAUUAUUAAAGAAGUUU